GCAAGGACAGCACCCCUGCCUCUCCCCGACGGCAAACAGCCUCCUCAGGGCACCAGGAGAGGAAUGUACAGUCCCUUCUCCUUCCCAUCCUCCGCGGUCUUUCACUGCGAGGGAGGCAGGAUCCGAGGUUGGUGUGGCGCUGAGCUGGCCAGUGACCUGGGUUUCCGGCUGUGCUCAACAGCAUCCUCGCUUGUGCUCAGAGGCCUGUCCCCACUGUCCAUCCCUGGGAUGAAGUCUCCAGGCUGGGAGAGAGCAAACAGAUGCAUGGAAAGACGGCUUCUCUGAAGAGUCCCGAGUCCUGCACAGAGCAACUAGACAGAGUUCAGGCACCCCUGGACUCCAGUCUGCACUGGCCCAAAGGCUCGAAGGGUGAAGAGAUAAAGAAGUGCAGCCGAGAAGGGACAUCACUGAGUAAAUACAACCAGCAAUACCACAAGCUGUUUAAGGACAUCCCCUUGGAGGAGGUGGUUCUCAAAGUGUGCUCCUGUGCCCUCCAGAGGGACCUCCUUCUCCAGGGCCGGCUCUACAUCUCCCCCAACUGGCUCUGCUUCCAUGCCAGCCUUUUUGGCAAGGAUAUCAAGGUGGUCAUUCCUGUGGUGUCUGUGCAAAUGAUCAAAAAACACAAGAUGGCGCGGCUCCUUCCUAAUGGUCUGGCCAUCACCACCAACACCAGCCAGAAGUAUGUCUUUGUGUCACUGCUGUCCCGGGACAGUGUAUAUGACAUGCUGAGGAGGGUCUGCAAGCACCUACAGCCUUCCAGCAAGAAGAGUCUGAGUGUAAGAGAAUUUCCAGAGGAACCUAAGUGCCAGUCUCUGGAAGUCCUCAUCCCCGAGAUGAAAUGGAGAAAAGUAUGCCCUGCAUCUGGGUCUCUGUCCCUCCCAGCCAACAUCCCUUGUGUCCCUCGGGCAUCCAUGGACUCCACGGACAGCUUCUUUCCCUCCAGGAAGCCUCCAGGGUCUGAGAAGGCUGUCUGUGAGGAGGAGAAGCUGGAGGAAGAGCCCAGGAGUGAAGGGGAACUGAGGCUCUGGGAUUACCUGCUCCUCAAGAUCAUCUUUGUGCUGAUCUGCUUCUUGGUCAUGUCCUCAUCCUAUCUGGCAUUCCGCAUCUCCCGGCUGGAACAGCAGUUAUGCUCCCUGAAUUGGGAUGGCCCAGUCCCUGGGCACAGGUACUGUUAUGUAUUUGGCACCAAGGAGACUGAUGGAGCCCAAGUCAUUCUCAGAAUCCCAAGUACUCUGCAAAUCUUCAUGAACUUCAGCUGAGCUAACUCAUACUUCAGGCAUAUGGGGAAGGAUAAGGAUGGCCACAGCAAACCACCACAGUCUUCUGCCUUUGUUGGGCGGACACUGAGAAUGCUUUCUCCAUUUCUCCUUUUCUCCUGGGCAACUCCAAAGCAACGUCCCUGGUUUAAAUAGUAUUGUGCUUCUGGUUCAAGAAUUAAAGUCUGGAGGUUAGAGCCAGAAAACUCCUGUGUCCUUUUCUAUGACAUUGA